AUGGUUAACUAUCGGGCGGUAUCGACAUACGUCGUCCAGCUCUGUUUCAGUAGGAGGAAACUUCGUGUCCCUGGGAGAUUAUUCCAAGUGCUGCUUUAUGCGACUCGCCAGUUCUGUCCGACGCGCAGAUUCGUCGCCUUUCCAACUGCGCAAUGGCGAUAUGUCAAAAAAUCCCACGACUUCCACCAAAUCUUGUACAAAAUAAAAAGCGAGUUUCAAAGUGGAAAGGUGCUCGAUCUUCUUUCUACUUCUGCCGACACGCUUAAUCGUCUUGCCGAGUACCGCAAAUACUCGGCAAUUUAUGGGCGAUUUGAUGCCAAGAGUAAACCGGACAAGGGUCUUUCGUUUCACGAGGUAUCUGUGAAUGAAGCUGCCGCUCAGUUAUGUUUGAUAAUGCCUUCACUUCUUACCACACGUGAUGAACUCUUUCCAUUGGCACGGCAGGUGGUCAAAGAUGCCGGAUAUCAUAAGGCAAAGGCUAGUCCCCAUGUCCUGGUGAGGAUAAUGACGCAGAAGCUGACAUGUUUUCAACAGCAAAGCAAUCAGAAGAGAAGAGAAAGAAGUCUGAAAGUCACAACAUUACCGUCAGAUGCUUUCAGCGAGCUAAGAAAACAAUCUCUUCUUUUGAUGAGGGAGCCGCUGUCGACGCUGCGCAAAAAUGUUAAGGAGAAAAUUACAGAGAAAUGUCAUGUUGCCCUGAACGAUUAUGAAUUGAAGACCAAUGAUGAAAAAGAGAUUGAACAUGGGGAUUUUCUACGAUUUGGAUCUGAAUUUUUGCGGAUACAUGCAGUCAGUUUCUGUGUGAAAGACGCUGCAAGAAAAGGAAAUCUUGUGGAAUCCAUAAAUGUCAAGAAUAAUGCUGUACAAACCGAACAUAUAUGCAUGCAAAUCUGCAACAAAUGUCUCUCAUGUGGUCUUCGUUUUUGUGAACACAUCUGUCAUGUUGGACAAUGUCCGAGAUGUUUUCAAACGCAAUACAUUCUCGCGGAAGUGAUUGCAAGCGGCGGAAGACUGUCCGAAACGCUAGAUCAUGUCUCAUACAUCAAUCAGAGUGAAAUUUCUGAGCAUAUUCUAGCAAGCGUCAAUGAUGCCAUAAAGUCCUUUUCGAACAACAUCACAGUCACCAACUAUGAUCUGAUGCGUUACCUAAACGGACAACUGAAGAAAUACUAUCAUGAGGGCAGAUGGGAAAUCCCUCAGCUCGCAAAUCUGGCAGAAGCUGAUUAUCUACAGAGCGGCUCCUACUUUUCGCCCGGGAAGGUGCCAACAUCUGACAGCGAAGCGGCACCCGAAUUGGAAGAAACUGACCCCGCCCUGCUGGACAAAUAUUUUAUUGUCCAAGGGAAAAAGCUCUUAGAGCUUUUCAACCUCAGCAGGUGCGGGUGCAGCAAUGGCACCGAACCCGGAGAUGUGUGCCUGGAAGUGCACGCGUCUGCCGCUAUACCAAUCAUCAAGUACGUCACCAAAGGGCCGAAACCGGAAGUGAAAAAGUGGGAGGGCCAAGAAAAACUUGUAGAAGAUGUACACAAAAAGCUGUACAGCGGAACGACCCUAGCGUGCGCAGCCGCGAUAACGACAGGAGCGCGUUGGACUAAACUGAACAACUGGGCAUCAGAGAUGAAUCUGCUGUUGCCGUGUAGUACGACAUUCUACAAAAAUUUCAGAAGAAUAAUACCGUCGAUCGAAACGGUUUAUGACAAACAUGAAGCACAAACUAUCGUGCGUAUCAAGAACGCUUAUGAGAAUGAAGUCCAGCCCGGAUGGAAUAUAGCCAUUGACGGGGCUUACGACAGCAGAGGCCACAGUGCGGACUUCUGCAAAGUCCUCGCCAUUGAUCUGAAAACUGGACUAUGCGUGCAUACUGAAGUUGUGCACCGGUCAGAAACAGGUGGUAAGAGUGGACGCAUGGAGAAAGCCGGCUUCCACCGCAUACUGCGAUGGUUUAGAUCAAUGAAUAUUCCAAUUCACUCGAUCUCGACAGAUCGCAGUUACGCGUUCAAGACAGAGAUUGAGUCUUACAACGCUGAAUAUGGAGAUCAGGUCGGAAAGAGGAAGGAUUGCGAGGCGAUUCACGACUGGAAGGACCAUAUAAAGGCCCAUCUCUACCACUCUAUAAAACAAGGUGCUCAAAACAACAGCGGAGAGGUAGUGAGGCACUACUUCAAUACGUGCAUCUACCACGUGGCAGACAUACAUCGAUGGCCUCAGAACACCCUCACAGGAGAUAUAACCCAUUGUGACCACCAAGGUCUACUUCCUGAAGACCGAGAAAAUGUUACCUGGGGAAGUUUAGCACACGACAAGCUAAAAGAGGUUAUUCUCCAGGAUGCGUUCCAGAAAGACAUCGCACUGGCUAGUCCCUAUGGUGGGACUAGCCAGUGCGAGUCCAAAAACUCGCUGGACCGUAUCUAUGGUCCAAAAGAAGUCUACCUGCCAUCAUCCACAUACUCGCUCUAUGCGAAAUUGUCGUCACUGCACAAAAACGCCUUACGAAUAGCAGAAUUGGAUGGGGAAAGAGUAGUACAACGAGUGACCGUAGUCCACCGAAAAUUCAGUGAAAGGGAGAGUCACAUCGAACGCAAGACGCCUGUUGAACAUAUCUGGCGUAAGGAAAUCUGGAUAGAUUUCCUAUCACACUACAACGAACGAACAACUAAUGAACAGGAUAUGGAGUACGAAGAACUUGUGACAUAA